UUUGUUAGAAGAGUUACUGCAGGCUUUAAUGGUCAAUGAUACACCAAUAUCUGUCAGCUGUGUCACAUGGAGUCCUGAUGGAAGUUUUGUAGGGGUUGCAUUUUCCAAACACCUACUUCAUUUGUAUACUUAUCCUGGAUCAAAUGAUCUAGUCCAGCACUUGGAGAUUGAUGCCCAUAUUGGUGGUGUAAAUGACUUAGCCUUUGCUCAUCCAAACAAACAGCUGUGCAUUGUUACAUGUGGAGAUGACAAGCUUAUAAAGGUAUGGGAUUCGAUGACUGGACAAAAACUGUUUAAUUUUGAAGGUCAUGAUGCACCAGUUUAUUCCAUCUGCCCACAUCAUAAAGAGAACAUUCAGUUUAUAUUUUCAACUGCUGUGAAUGGGAAAAUUAAGGCCUGGCUGUAUGAUAAUAUGGGUUCAAGAGUUGACUAUGAUGCCCCAGGUCACUGGUGUACUACAAUGCUUUACAGUGCUGAUGGAAGUAGAUUGUUCUCUUGCGGAACUAGUAAAGAUGGAGAAUCUUUUCUGGUUGAGUGGAAUGAAAGUGAAGGAGCAAUAAAGAGGACUUAUGUGGGGUUCAGAAAGAAAUCAGCAGGCGUGGUUUCAUUUGACACAACACAAAAUCAUUUUCUAGCUGCAGGAGAAGAUAGCCAAAUAAAGUUUUGGGACAUGGAUAAUAUUAAUCUUCUCACUUCCACCGAUUCUGAGGGUGGGCUCCCUAGUCUUCCCCGUGUGAAAUUCAACAAGGAAGGAAAUCUCCUGGCUGUGACAACAGCUGACAAUGGAUUCAAAAUACUUGCAAAUGCUGUGGGUAUCAGAUCUUUAAGAGCAACUGAAACAUCAACUUUCGAUCCAUUGAGAACACCCAUUCUUUCUACUGGAAUUAAGGCUUCUGGCUCUUCAGCAGUUGGCAAUGUCAGUCCUGUUAGUUGUAAAGCGGAAAGGAGUUCUCCUGUCAGGCCGUCUCCUAUACUUAAUGGCGUUGAUCCAUUGGGAAGAAGUGUCAAAAAGCCAAGAGUAAUGGAUGAUGCAAUAGACAAGGCUAAAGCCUGGCAGUUAGCUGAAAUCAUGGAUUCUGCUCAAUAUCGGUUAGUUACCUUGCCUGAAAGCACGGAAGCCUCCAGCAAGGUUGUUCGGCUUCUAUAUACAAAUGCUGCUGUUGGUAUUUUGGCACUUGGGUCAAACGGUGUUCAGAAGCUAUGGAAGUGGUCCCGCAGUGAACAGAAUCUAUCUGGGAAGGCCACAACCAAUGUAGCUCCACAGCGUUGGCUACCGAACAGUGGUCUUCUUAUGACUAAUGAUAUCACAGGUGUGAACCUGGAAGAAGCAGUACCAUGCAUAGCACUCUCGAAGAAUGAUUCAUAUGUGAUGUCAGCCACUGGUGGAAAAGUUUCUUUGUUUAACAUGAUGACUUUCAAGGCAAUGACGACAUUUAUGUCUUCUCCUCCAGCUUCAACCUUCCUGGCAUUACAUCCCAAGGAUAAUAAUAUCAUAGCAAUUGGAAUGGAGGAUUCAACUAUCCAUAUUUACAAUGUUCGAGUAGAUGAGGUGAAAACAAAAUUGAAAGGUCACCAAAAACGGAUAACUGGUUUGGCUUUCUCAACCAACCUCGGUAUCUUGGUUUCAUCAGGUGCUGAUGCUCAUUUGUGUGUGUGGAGCAUUGAUACAUGGGAGAAAAGGAAAUCGGUUGAAAUCCAAAUCCCAGCUGGAAAGGCACCUACAGGAGACACAAGGGUUCAAUUUCACUCGGAUCAGAUUCACAUGCUGUUAUUCCAUGAAACACAGAUAGCAAUAUAUGAUGCCUCCAAGAUGGAGCGCAUUCGACAGUGGAUUCCACAAGAUGUACUACCUGCGCCCAUAUCUUGUGCAACAUAUUCCUGUAACAGCCAAUCUGUUUAUGCUACCUUUUGUGACGGCAAUAUCGGGGUGUUCGAUGCUGAUAGCCUGAAACUUAGAUGCCGUAUUGCCUCAUCAGUUUACUUGUCACCGGCAAUCUUAAAAGUAAACCAAACUGUAUACCCACUUGUUGUGGCUGCACACCCUAUGGAGCCAAACCAAUUCGCAAUCGGUUUGAGCGACGGAACCGUGAAAGUGAUGGAACCAUCUGAAUCUGAAGGGAAAUGGGGAGUGAGUCCGCCAGUGGAUAACGGUGUGUCGAAUGGCAGGACAACAUCAUCUACCACAAGCAAUCAAUCACCUGAUCACCUACAAAGAUGAGGUACCUUUUUUCUUACAGUAUGAAAAGUGUCUUUAUUGUAUCAAAUGUGGAUUAAUUAGGUUCUCUUCCAUUUGUACCCCAUUGUAACCCUAAAUUAUCAUGAAUGAAUCCCCAAUUCUUGUAUAAU